UUUUUAAAUUUGUGAGAAAAAAAAAAAAGUGUUUCGAAGGAGAUUUGAACUCACGGACUUCGGAUUUAAAAUCGAGCGCGCUAUCCCCAAGACCACGGCUCAAUCUUAUUGGAUGUUGGAAGUAGAAGAUAAAUCUUUUGUUAAAUAAUAUUAAAAAUGGAUCAACUCCCAGACCAGAUUCACCUGAAAAAUAAAUUCUCUCAAGCAUAUGCUCAGCUUAAAGAAAAUCCGAAUGCUUUGGGGAUUGUAAAGAACAUUUGCGAAAUUCGAGAUUACAUAAAACGUUACAAUAGAUCAUUAGGUGGCCUCACAGGAUCUAGAAAGAAAAUGACUGGUGCAACAGUUGCAUUGUUGACUACUUGGAAAUGUAAAUUAGAGCAUUUCCAGAAAAAAGGCGGUAUGGUUGAUGAGUCUACAAUACACCAAAACCAUGCUGAUGCUAUUGAUGCAAGAAUCCAAUGGAGUGACUUAGAAAGUGCUUUUAAAAACCAAAUGAAAACUGGAAUGAUUAUUAAUAUAUUACAUAAAAAUUUAGAUUUAUUUCUUGAAGAUGCAAAAAUGAUGUUGAUUGAUCGUUUAAAAAAUGAAUUAACCAAAAAGAGCGCUAUUAAACUUAAUACAAUUUUGGUUUGUAAUUUUCAAAUUGUUAAACAAGAAGAAAUAGAAAUUGAGACAAAAUAUUUUAGUUUUGGAUGUAUGGAAAUAUUGCAAUCAUCAAAUCUUGAUGAUAUUUUAUCAAAUAACUUUGAGAUACUUAAAGCUGAUCUGGAAGAGAAAGAAAUGCGUGGUUCAGGUUGGACCUUCCAUGAAACUCUACAUUUAGAAAUAAAUAUAAACGAGUAUGUACCUUUACGUGGUGGUUCAUCAACUUUUAUUGAAAUGCCUGAUUAGAUUAUAAAAACAAAAUCAGUUGUAAACGUUAUAAAUUAUAAAGAUAAUUAUUUCUUUAUUUGGAGUGUGCUAGCUGCCACGCACAAGGUUCCACAUCCAAACAGAGUCACAUCAUAUGAGAGAUACAUGGAUGAUUUAAAUCUGGAUGGAAUAACAUUUCCAAUGAGUUGGUGUAAAAUAAAACAAUUUGAAAAAAAUAACAAUUUGAAAAUAAAUGUAUAUGGCAUUGAUAACACUGAUGAUUUAGAUGAUGAAUCCAAUGAUGAAGAAGGCGAUAGCGUUGAUGAUUCAAAUGGUACAAAUAAGAAAAAAAAAAAAGAGACGUCAAGAAAGGAUUGUUCCAUAUUAUUUGGGUAAUAAUGAUGCAUCAAAUCAUCCAACAAUUCAUCUUUCAAUUAUUGAAAAGCCUGAGAAAAAAGUUGAUGGAUUCCAAGAUGAAUCAGCAGAUGAAGAUGAUGAUGAAGAAGAAGAAAGUGAUGAAGAUUAUGAUGAAUAUGAUUUUAAUAAUAUUACAAAUAAAAGAAAAUUUGGUGAAUUCUCAAACCAUCACUUUGCUUACAUUAAAAAUUUAUCUAGGUUAAUUAGUGCACAAGUUUCAGCAUAUAAUGGCAAAAAAUUUAUAUGUGAUCGUUGUUUAUCAUAUUUCCAUUCUCAAAAAUCAAUCGAUUCUUAGAAUCCUGCAUGUAGAGAAAAGAAUCAAUAUGCAAUGGAGAUGCCAACAGAAAAAAACAAUAUUUUAAAGUUUAAAAAUUACAAAUAUCAGCUUCGAGUGCCUUAUGUAGUAUAUGCUGAUCUGAAAAGUAUAUUGGAAAAAGUAACAGAUAAUUCCAAUAAUUCGUUGAAAAAAACAAUUCAACAAAAACAUAUUGCAAACAGUGUAGCAUACUAUAUUAAAUGUUCUUAUGAUAAUACGCUCUCUAAAUUUAAACUAAAACGAGAUAAAAAUUGUAUUGAAUGGUUUAUAAAAGAGCUUGAAGAACUGGCACACAAUGUUGAUAAUAUAUUGGAAAAUAUCAAACCAACGUA